AAGUCGGCUUGGUCCGCUCCGCCUUCCUGCGGCCGCACGGUGUCCUUACAGAUCUGAAAACCCACGGAUUGGACGGUCCAGAUGGAGCACCGCUGAAUUGGAACGCCCAAACGGGAAAAAGAAAUCGCUCGCGCUUUCUAGGGUUCUUCUCGGCGCCUCCCCUCCCAGAAGCCCAGGAGCCGUCCAAAAAGUCCGCGCCCAAAGCUUCCCGUCUAAAGAUACAGCCGAAAAGGAGGGGUCUCUGAAUCAAUAGCCAGUUCUCGAGUUUGUUCUCCAUGGCAGAUGAGGAGCUUGUUGAUCCAAAGAAGUAUCUUGAGGAACGUUGCCAGCCUAGAUGUGUAAAAGCUUUAUAUGAAUAUCGGGAGUGUGUCAAGAGAAUCAAGGAUGAUGAAACUGGGCACAAGCACUGCACUGGCCAAUACUUUGACUAUUGGAAAUGCAUUGAUAAAUGUGUUGCUGAGAAGCUUUUUGAUAAACUAAAAUGAUAAAGGGAUGCUACAUUUGGUGGAUGAAAAUUUGUGCUGCUUCUUUUUUCAUUAACCUCAAAUAAACUCAUCUUCUGGCCACCACAUGCCUGAACUAUGCAUGUUUGUAAGGUCCUAUUCUUGCUUAUUCUUGCUUAAAAGAUUUUGUACAACAGGUUAUUUGUUAGUCAAUUGUUACCACUAAUGACGGUCUCCAUAUUAAACUGCUCAAAUGUCAAUAGUACUGUUAAUUGUGGCCGAUGUGAUUGCAGUGGAAAUAUGCAUUAAUGUGUUAUGCUCACCUU